ACGUAAAGCCAACUUCACGUGUGUUUUUAUUUCUCAGCUGAUUGAGGGAAAAUUUCCGCCAAAUUUCGCGUUUUUCCUGCAAAAUCAAUGAAAAUUCUCUUGCAAAGGAAAAAUCAAGUUAAAGUAAAGUGUUUUUCACCUUAGCAGAUUAGAAAAUAUAUAGUUGAAUACAUAGUUUGUUUAUCCAGCAGUCUUUUCACAGUGUACACGUGCAGUAUGAUAAUAUGCCGCCAACGAAGCAGGAGAUUCGGAUAGAGAAGAAGAUGAAGAAGAUGGCUGCAUUGGCUGCAAUUUCAGAGCUAAAUCGCAGAGAAGAAGCAUCCGCAAGUACAGCAAAUCCGGAACCUGAGAGCAAGAGGCCAAAGAUAGAUGAAGAAGAUAUGUCUCCUGAAAAGGCAACACUUACAAAGGAAGAGUACAAGGAGUUGAAGAAGGCGCUCGAUGAGAAGAAGAGGCAGCUCAAGAGUGUGCCUAAGAUUAAACUUAAAACUGUCGGAGAGGUGGCUUCGCUGAGUGUGCGUGCUUGCGAGAGGACCCCAAUCUUCCUCGAGGACAUUCAGCAUCUUCUCAUGAAUUCUGCCUUCGGGAAGGAAUCCCCACAGACUCCGUGGCGAUGGUGUAACAUUGAGAAAGUUCAGCAAAUCACCCAAACAGUUGUCCUUGUCAUUGAAGGCAUCUACUUGUACCAUUUUUCCGCCUUUGAAAGUCUCUUCGGUGAAACUAAUCGGAUUUUUAAGACAAAAUUAGAGACAGUAAUGCCUCCGUAUGAGGAUGGAAGAGUUCUUGAGGAAUUUGCUUCAUUGCCACUCACACUGAGUCAACAGGAAUUAAUUAUUGCUCAGUAUGGAAGCUUGGAAGCAGCCCUGGAAAUCAUGCACGAUCCCGUCCUCAUGUUACGAUCAAUUUUUCCCAUAGAAGUGACAACAAAGACCGAAGAAGAAGACCCCGAAGCGACUGGAGAGAAAGAAAAACUUCCCCCUGAGGAUGUCUUUUCGCGUACAAAACUCCUUCUAUCUCCUCUGCAGAUGGUCGACGAAGGGUACCCACUGCCUCUAAGGGGUGAAAUAGCAACAAAAUGUCGAGAUUAUUUACUCACAAAAGAUGUCUACAAAGAAGUAACUUCGCAGAGUCCAAUGUUUGGUAUGGACUGUGAAAUGUGUCGUACAACUCUGGGAUUCAAUGAGCUCACACGGGUAUCAAUUGUGGAUGAAGAGUACAAGCCUGUGUAUGAGACUCUUGUAAUGCCACCAAAUCGUAUCAUUGACUACCUAACCCCCUACUCUGGUAUCACGGCGGAUACAAUGAAGGGUGUUACAAAGACUCUGGAGGAGGUGCAACAGGAGAUUCGGGAAUUAUUGCCACCGGAUGCAAUUCUCGUGGGUCAAAGUUUGAACAUGGAUCUAAAUUCAUUGGGAAUGAUGCAUCCCUACGUCAUUGAUACGAGUGUGAUCUACAACCUGACAGGAGAUCGAAGAUUCAAGAGUAAGCUCCAGGUACUGGCCAGGGAGUUUCUUGGAGAAAUGAUUCAGAAGAAACCCGAAGGGCAUGAUUCCGUUGAGGAUAGUGUGGCCACGUUGAAGCUGACAAAGCUCAAACUGUCCAAAGGAAUUGAAUUUGGGGAUCUUGGAUUGCAGAAGAGACGGAAGCAGAAGCGAAAAGAAGAGAAUUUUGAUGAACUCCUAGCCGAUAUUGAGGGGAAGAUUCUGAAGAAAGGACUCGCAAAGCCCCGGAAAAAUCUCUCAACUCUCAUUGUUUCAUCGAAUGCCACAAAGGUGGACUAUGAGAAGUACAUUGAAUCCCGUCGGAUGCAGCUACCAGUUGUGGAGGAGAAGGAUAGUGCCAACAUUUCGUGCUUCAUGAAGAAGAGCAACAAAGCAGCUGUGUCCAAGACGUGCGCAUCAAUCAUGGAUGCUGCUUUUGUGUUUACACACCUUAAGAUUGAUCCUAAAAAUUUAGCAGAUGACAAAGUAGAGGGUGCACUGACGCGUGUGGAUCAGUGGAUUGGGAAAAUCUGGAAUUCUUUAGCUGUCAAUGGUCUCCUUGUUGUUCUCAUGGGAGGCUCACCAAUCUCAUCGAGUGGAGUGUCCCUGAUGGAAGUGAAGAAGUUGUCCAAGAGUGGCAAACCGCCGCAGUGAUGAAAAAUGAGAUUUCUCUCUAUGAGGAACUUUUCUUGGUUUUACAAUAAAAAUCCUCUGCUGAAA